UGAGAUAUGUGCGAACUUGCUACACCUUAUUUGUUUUCGAUUCGCAUUCGCGCCAUCCAGACAAGCCGGAACGUGACUGCUGGGGUGGCUGUGUUUGCCCGCGUUACGUUGAAUGCGUUUGACCUGAUACAAGGUUAGGAACGAUAAAUGUGCAUAGAACUCGCGUCUAAAUAAGGUCGCCACUAUGGAUCACAAGCUAACGUCUGGAGCUAUUGCAACGAUGCUCCAGGGAGGCAAAGUGGAAGAUGCUGUACUACAGGUUAUGAGCCACAAGAAAGUCGCUGGCGACACAGAUCGGUACCGGCUGCUGAUCUCGGACGGCUGCCACAUGAACAGCCUGGCCAUGCUGGGCACGCAGCUGACGCACAUGAUCCACGAGAACCAGCUGGCGCCCAACACCAUAAUCCGGCUCAACCGCUACGUGGCCAAUACGGUACAGGGGGGUGCCAAGAAGGUCUUCAUCCUUCUCGACCUGACGGUGCUCGUGCCGGGCGCGGAGGCCAAGAAGAUCGGCAACCCAGUGGCGUACUCGUCAACAGCUGCGCCACCACCGGCGCCGGCGCCUGCUGCGGCGCCCGCGCCGCCUCACUCGAACGGCGGACCUCCGGCGGCGCGGCCCGCGCCGAAGCCUGCCGCCUUCGCGCCGUCCGCUGGCGCCGUCAACGUACAAAAUGUGGUACCGAUCGCGCACCUGACGCCCUACGCCAACAAGUGGACGAUCAAGGCGCGCGUAACGAGCAAGGGCGACGUGCGCACGUGGAGCAAUGCGCGCGGCGAGGGCAAGCUCUUCUCGUUCGAGCUGCUGGAUGAGAGUGGCGAUAUUCGCUGCACGGCCUUCAAGGAGCAGUGCGACAAGUUUUACGACAUGCUGGAGGUGAACAAGGUGUACUACCUGAGCCGCGCGACCCUGAAGCCCGCCAACAAGCAGUACUGCGGCACGAUCACGCACGACUUCGAACUGACGCUGAACCACGACUCGCAGAUCGAGCCAUGCGGCGACGACGCCGGCAUCCCAGGCAUGCAGUUCAACUUCGUGCCCAUCACCGAGCUGCAGACCAUGGAUAAGACGGGUCUCGUGGACGUCAUCGGCAUCUGCAAGCAGGCCGGCGAUCUGGACCGCAUCAUGUCGCGUAAGAUGAACAAGGAGCUGACGAAGCGGGACUUGAAGCUGGUCGACCAGAGUAACCUGGAGGUGACGCUGACGCUGUGGGGCUCGCAGGCCGAGAGCUUCGACGGCUCGGGCAACCCAGUGGUGGCCGUCAAGGGCGCCAAACUCUCGGACUUCAACGGCUGCAGCCUCAGCGGCCUCAGCAGCAGCAAGAUCCGGCUGAACCCCGAAAUUGACGAGACGUUCAAGCUUAAGGGCUGGUUUGAGAACGAAGGUAUCAACCUCGAGUCCAUGUCCAUCUCUAAGCGGACCGAUCGGCUCGUGAAGUUCAAGACCUUCGCCGAGGCCAAGCUGGAGAACAUCGGUGCCGGCGGCGAGGCCGGCUACUACAGCGUCUGCGCCACCGUGCUGCAGCUCAAGUCGGAGAACUGCCUCUACCAGUCAUGCCCGAACGGCGACUGCAAGAAGAAGGUGCUGGACCAGCAGGAUGGCACGUUCCGGUGCGAGAAGUGCAACCAGGCGUUCCAGGAGUUCCGCUGGCGGCUGCUCGUGCAGAUGAACGUGGCGGACAUGACGGGCAACCAGUGGGUCACCGCCUUCCAGGAAACGGCCGAAUCCGUGAUGGGCGUGUCUGCAGAUGAGCUGGGGCGCCUGCGCGACUCGGACAUGGAGGCCUUCAUGCAGGUGUUCAGCAGGGCCAACUUCAAGCAGUUCAACAUGACGCUGCGCGCCAAGAUGGAGACGUACAACGACGAGUCGCGCAUGCGCGUUGUGGUCUCGUCAGCGACGGCCGUGUCGUCCGAUUUGGAGGCCCACAAGCGGCGCCUGCAGGAGGAGAUCACCGCCUUGGGGGGCCGGCUCGACAGCGUUAAGAUGAGCGUGGACUAAGGAGGAGCGGACCGGACGUUUGGACCGUGCUGGGCGGUCGGUGUGCGUGGCGGUUGUAAUGAGACGCGGCCGAGCAGGCCGGUUUGAGAGGGCCCGCCGGUCGUGGUGAGAUUGGCUGGGCUGGGCGCCAGGUCGAGGCAUCACGCUUUUGCAGCCUUUUGCCGAGUGAAGCGGACGUUAUUGGUUUGAGCCGUUUGCGGUGUUUUUCUCAGCACGUCGCAUGCGGGAAGCCCACAGUCGACAUUUCGGAAUGAUCAGAGCUCCGAGUGAUGAUGGCCGGGGUUUCUGUACAUUCUUUGUCAUUGCGUGAAUGCGGACUUUGGAACAGUCGUGCAGAUGCCCUCUUUCUGGGAAACGUGAGCUAGUCUUGGAUGUCGCUGAAAACUUUCCAGCUGUCUCCCUUUUGUCCACAUUCCGCGCUGGUUUUGUGCCAGGUGUCACGUGACGGACUACUAAGUUGAGUUCACGACUAAGACAAUACUAAGUUCACGCACUCUGAACUUCGGUUGUCAGGCAUGACAUCCGCGCUAUGUAAUGCGUAGUGUUUUGUAAUAAAGCACGCAUGCCGUUAAUA